AUGGCAGUAUUAGCAUUUUUCCUCUCGCCAUGGAUGGCUUGCACUAUUCCCGUGUGGCUGAUCCUUUAUUAUACUAUCCCAUAUUUCACCCAAUACCGCUCACUAUCACGAGUUCCGGGUCCAUUCAUAGCAAAGUUCAGCAACAUAUGGAUUGGCCUCAGUGCCCGCAGAGGCCAAAAGUUCGCAGCAGUUGACGACGCACAUCGCAAAUACGGCAGGGUUGUGCGGAUUGGGUUCAACCAUGUCUCCAUUGCAGACGAGCGAGCACUCAACGUUGUAUAUGGGCAUGGCAAUGGGUUUCUGAAAGAUCACUACUACGAAGCUUUUGUGGCACGUACUCCGGGGAUGUUCAAUGUACGAGAUCGUGCAGAGCACACUCGCAAGCGAAAAAUUAUAUCACACGCAUUCUCACCAAAGUCGGUCGCAGACUUUGAGCCACAUAUGGCAGCUAAUCUGCGACGAUGGGUAAUCCAGUUAGACCGCAUUGCAUCGUCAGGAUCACAGAAUGGCAACUUGAAUAAUUUUGCACGAUUCAACGCUAUGCCCUGGUUCAGCUAUCUAGCCUUCGAUAUUAUCGGAGACCUGGCAUUUGGAUCACCGUUCGGAAUGGUCAACAAAGGUAAAGAUGAGACGGAAGUGCGAUUUACGCUGGAUGGACCCAUUUCGUACGCCCCAGCCGUUGAUGUCCUAAACAGGCGUGGAGAGGUUUCCUCAACACUGGGUCUUCUCCCCGCAAUACGGCCCUACGCACGAUAUCUCCCCGAUCCAUUCUUUACCAAGGGAGUCGCGGCUGUGGAGAACCUCACUGGUAUAGCCGUAGCUGCUGUUGCGACCCGUCUAGAUGCCGCAGAAAAAGGAAUGGUCGAUACUCGCAAUGAUAUCUUGUCGCGAUUGCUGCAGGCAAAAGACGCAAAUGGGGCUCCGAUGGGACGCGAAGAGCUCACUGCUGAAGCUCUAACUCAGCUGAUUGCUGGCUCCGAUACAAUCUCCAAUACAUCUUGUGCUGUCUUCUACUGGAUUCUUCAUGGAGAGCGCAACGCACCAGGCACGAUUAUUCCUCGACUACGAGAAGAAUUAGACAAAGCAGUUGGCCAACAAACAGAUAUAGCUUCUUAUAGCCAGGUUCGAGACUUACCUUUCCUUCGUCGCUGCAUUGACGAGGGAAUGCGACUACAUUCUACAUCGGCAAUUGGGCUCCCUCGUCUUGUUACUGGUAAAGGGUCCGGUGUUGAAUUCGAUGAUUAUUUCUUCCCGCAGGGCACUGUUCUAUCAGUUCCUUCAUACACCAUACACCAUAUGGCUGAGAUUUGGGGUGAAGAUGUUGAUGAGUUUAAGCCUAAUCGCUGGCUCAACUUGACGCCGAGACAGAAGAUAUGCUUUAAUCCCUUCUCAUAUGGACCUCGGGCUUGUGUUGGACAGAAUGUUGCAAUUAUGGAGUUGCAGUUGAUUAUUGGUACUUUGUUUCAUCGUUAUGACUUUGCGUUGUAUCAGUCAAAGAUGGAAUCACAUGAAGGCUUCUCGAAGAAGCCGAAGGGAUGUUAUGCAGGAAUUAAACCGAGGGUUGGAAACCUGACAUGA